AUGACUCUGAAAAUACUCAUCUGCGGUGGAGGUUGUGCCGGACCUGCACUAGCUUUCUGGCUCGCCCGCGCAGGUCAUCGCGUUGUCGUGGUGGAGCGCUUCCCUGCUUUAAGAGCCACAGGUGCUCAGAUUGAUCUACGAGGCCAAGGUAUUGAAGUUGCCAAACGGAUGGGCCUCAUAGAGACCAUCCGCAGCAAAUUGGUCGACGAAGACGGCCUGGCAUUUGUGGAUUCCAAAGGGACAGUUCAUGCAACUUUGAUGGCCAACAAGUCUGGAAAAGGUGCACAGUCUCUGACAUCGGAGUAUGAGAUUAUGCGCGGUGAUCUCGUGCGUAUAUUUUACGAUGCUACAAAAGACAAUGUGAAAUAUAUAUUCGGCCAGACAGUUGAGCAAUUCGAACAAGACGAAGAACAAGUCGUCGCGCAUUUCUCAGAUGGUUCAUCCGAUACGUUUGACAUACUUGUUGGAGCAGACGGCCAAGGAUCUCGUAUUCGCAAAGCUGUUAUUCCUCCAGACUCGGAUCCAUAUCUCAGGUUGGGUGUGCACAUGGCUUAUUGGUUCAUUCCACGUGCCGAGGGAGACAACAAUAUACGGAAAUCCUAUAUCUGCUCGGGCGGUCGAAUGAUCCAGCGCCGAACACACAAUCCGACUGAGACUCAAGUCUACUUUACUCUUCGGGAUUCUACUCCUGAAAUUUCGAGCAUUCACAGGGCUUCGGUAGAACAACAAAAGGAGUUUUGGACUCAGCGAUAUCGCGACGCUGGGUGGCAAAUUGAUCGAUUCCUCAAAGGCAUGGAAACAACCCAAAACUGGUACUGUCAAGAAGUUGUUCAGAUCCGUACCAGUACAUGGUCCAAGGGUCGGGUGGUCUUGCUUGGAGACGCUGCUCAUUGCCCCUCGCCAUUUAGUGGGAUGGGAACCAGCGCGUCUCUCGUCGGUGCUUAUGUUCUGGCAGGUGAGAUUAUUCGAAACUCUGAUGAUCUCCCGCAAGCAUUUGCAAAUUACGAUAAGGUCAUGCGACCAUUCGUGGAUGAAAUUCAAAAGAUGAAUCCUCGUCUAAUAGGAUACGCCUUGCCUGAGUCAGAAUGGGCAUGCUCAGUUUUGCUUUUUAUUGCGUGGCUGGCUUGUUUGCUUCAUAUACCUCAGCUCAUUGCAAGGUUUUCCAAUGCCAAUAAGGGUGGGUGGGUUGUUCCAGAUUACCUGGAACUUCAACAGGGCUAA